GCGCAAGGCCAAGCCAUGGUGAUGCCAGGUUUUCCGCUUCGUGCCGCAGCGGUGCCGCACUAUUCUCCGUAUUCACCAUCGCGCUUUCACAUCGACAAACGUUGUCAGCACAGGUGCUCUUGGAAAUGCUUCUCGAUCGCUCUGAUCCUCCUGGCUGUGGCGCUGACAGCGAUGCUGGCGUACUUUGCUGCAGUGAGCUCUAUGCGCCCGAUAGACAGCACUAACUGCAUUCUGGUUCAAGAUAUCAAGGCUGUCACUCACGAAAACGCACACAUCCACGAUUCGAUAUCCACGCAGAUUCCCACAGAAGAAUCCCUGCCUACGAGUACGGCGGAGCAUUCGAGUGCCGCGGAUAGCGCCGGCGAUCAACAGAGCGAUCCGCAGAUCCAGCAAUCGGCGCAGCAAUGGCCAGCCGUGCUCGAGCUGCAGGCCUACAAUGUCGCGCACUCUGCCAUUAUUCAGCCGUACCAUUUUUGGAACACGGAGUUCCGUAACAAGCAGCCAGCUUUCAUCAGGCUGAACUUGACCCUACCAUGGGGUGCGAAUUUCGCAGUGUAUGGCAGACGGAACGUCGCGCCCAGCGUCACGCAGUACGAUUUCGUGGAGUUCGUCAAAGGUGGCAGAGUGGUCCACAGAUUGAAGAGGGACAUCACUGCCGUCAGUUUUAUGCAGUCCACCAGUCCGCAAGACAUCCACGUGGAACGCGUGCCGCAACCGAUCGCACUUUAUCAACAUGUGCUCAUCAAGAGGACCAUUGUGGAACCACUAAUGGUCAAUGUCAGUCUACUGCAGUACUUUGACACUGGCGACUGGUUCCUGUCCGUAUAUAAUGAUGAGUUGCAGCCUUACAAGGUUACUUUAGUCGUGACGGAAGCCGAAGGUGUUUCCACUACGUGUCCCAAUGACUGCUCCGGACGUGGAUCGUGCUAUCUUGGCAAAUGCGAUUGUAUAGACGGAUAUCAGGGUGCUGAUUGCAGCAAAAGCGUGUGUCCAGUUUUGUGUUCUUCACAUGGACAAUACGGUGGUGGUGUGUGUCACUGCGAGGAGGGUUGGAAAGGCGCGGAAUGUGACAUACCGUUAGGUGAUUGCCAAGUUCCUGAUUGUAAUCAGCAUGGCCAGUGCGUUAGAGGAUCUUGCGUCUGUAAUCCUGGCUGGAAGGGCAACUUUUGCGACGAACCUGACUGCUCUGAUCCGAACUGUAGCGGCCACGGCGCUUGUGUCUCCGGCAAGUGUUACUGCAAGGCCGGUUGGCAGGGCGAGCGGUGCAAUCAGGUUGAUCAGCAGGUAUACCAGUGUCUGCCGGGCUGCUCCGAUCACGGCACGUACGACCUCGAAUCUGCGGCCUGCGUUUGCGAGGAGCAUUGGACAGGGGUUGAUUGCUCGCAGCCGAGUUGCGGUCUAGACUGCGGACUUCAUGGAUCCUGCGAGCAAGGCCGCUGCAAAUGCCACGAUGACUGGACUGGAACGAAAUGCGAUCAAAAACCUUGUGACUUGCGUUGCGCCGAGCAUGGUCAGUGCAAAAAUGGAACCUGCGUAUGCAGUCAAGGGUGGAACGGAAGACAUUGCACAUUACCCGGAUGUGAGAAUGGAUGUAGCCGCCACGGAUUGUGUACCCUACAGGAUGGCGAAUACAGUUGCGAGUGUUCAACCGGAUGGGCCGGCAGAGAUUGCAGCAUACGACUCGAAUUGGAAUGUAAUGAUUACGUUGACAAUGACGAAGAUGGCAUGAUGGACUGCUCUGACAGUGAGUGCUGUUCGCACGAAGCUUGUUCAGAACAUAUCAUGUGCCUUGCUAGUAAUAAUCCCGUGGACGUUCUUCUCCGAAAACAACCACCCAGCGUCACAGCGUCCUUCUAUCAACGAGUAAAGUUCCUCGUCGAAGAGAACAGCGUACAGAGCUACGCCCACAUGGACGAGUACACGGAAAGUCGAGUUGCGGUGAUGCGAGGCCAAGUUGUUACCGAACAAGGACUCGGAAUAGUAGGCAUCAGAGUGUCCGUGGACAGGGACUCGCGCUUUGGAUUCACCUUGACUAGAACAGACGGAUGGUUCGACGUCCUGGUCAAUGGUGGAGGUGCCGUAACGCUUCAAUUCCAGCGCAGCCCCUUCAAACCCCUUACGAGGACCGUCUUCGUACCCUGGAAUCAAAUCGUGGUCCUGCCACCCGUUGUGAUGAUUCUUAGCAAGGAAGGCGAAUCGUAUAAAUCUAACCAGCCGCCGAGCCCGGCAGUUGGGAUUUCAAUGGGACUCUUUAGCGAACACGGUCCGUGCUUGGAGCACGAUCACGAGACGCUGCGACCAAUUAUCGUUAGCACGUGGAUGCCUGAGAAAGUUGGCGGUUUGCCUGGGAAGAGCUUGGUCUUUGCUGAAAGUCAAAUCGUGCAGGAAAGCAUCGCUAUUCCGGGCUCCAAUCUCCACUUGAUGUAUCAAAGCAGUCAGGCUGCAGGCUAUCUCUCUACCGUGAGGAUGCAACUGACCGGGCCGUUCAUUCCGAAAUCGCUGACGCACGUACACGUGCAUGUAGAGAUCGAGGGCUCACUUCACACGAAAACGUACGAGGCCGACCCAAAUCUGACACACACGUUUGCCUGGAACAAGAGAAACGUUUACAAGCAGAAGGUGUACGGCGUGGCGCAGGCGAGGAUCUCGAUCGGUUAUCAACAUUCCACUUGUCCGUCGGUGAUAUGGGAGACGCAGACGGCCACUUUGCAGGGAUUCGACGUCGAUAUCUCCGAUAUCGGUGGAUGGGGACUCGACAUCCAUCACCAUUACAACUUCCACGAAGGGAUCCUGCAGAAAGGCGAUGGCUCUACUCUACAUUUCAAACAGUAUCCGCGCACUGUGAAAGUGGUAAUGGGCACUGGUCUCCAAAGAAGUUUGGUGUGUCAGAAUUGCGACGGUCUCGCUAAGGAUGCUAGACUCCUGACACCAGUGGCACUCGCCAGUGGACCUGACGGUAGCAUAUAUGUCGGAGAUUUCAAUCUCGUGCGCAGAAUCACGCCCGAAGGAAAGGUUUACACCGUUCUUAUUUUGAGUGCGACUCAAGUGGCAUAUCAGUAUUAUUUGUGCAUCUCGCCGGCUGAUGGACACUUGUAUAUCAGCGAUCCAGAGAAACAUCAGAUAUUGAAAGCACUUUCGUUGGAACAAGUCCAAGAUCCAAGCAUUAAUAUCGAGCCCGUUGUUGGAAGCGGUGAAAGAUGUAUCCCAGGUGACGAGGGCCACUGUGGCGAUGAAGGUCCGGCCAUCCAUGCAAAAUUGGCUCAUCCUAAAGGAAUUGCAAUUGCAGCCGAUAAAACGAUGUACAUUGCUGAUGGAACGAAUAUUCGUGCUGUCGAUCCUCGAGGAAUCAUACAUACUCUCGUGGGACAUCAUGGUCAUCAUAAUCAUUGGUCACCCGCUCCCUGCAUCGGAGCCAUUCCCGCACAUCAAGCUCAGUUACAAUGGCCCACCGGAUUAACCCUAAGCCCAUUGGAUGGAUCCUUGCAUUUCAUCGACGACAGGCUAGUCUUGAAACUCACCAGCGAUCUGAAGGUGCGUGUAGUCGCUGGCACGCCUCUUCACUGUACCAGCAAUGCAAAUAACAACAAUGGCAACGAUGAACUUCCGAAACUAAACUCCUCGUUGACGACGAAUUUGAAAAAAUCAGACGAGGUCCUCGGAUCGGUGUUGGCUGUCGGUUUCAGUCCAACCGGCGAGCUAUACAUAGCGGAUCGUGAUUCUCAUCGAGUGAACUCUAUUAGAAUCGUCGAUUCCUCCGGCAAGAUGUCACACUUCGCAGGUCAACAGCAAGAAAGACUGCGCGGUCAAUGUGAAUGCAACAAUACUACACCCAGCACUAAGGACUUGGACACGUGCACCUGCACAGAUGAUACUAGCAGCACCGAAACGCUCCUCUCUUCAAAUGCCAAGUUUACUGCAAUAUCUGCUUUGGCAGUUUCACCAGACGGUGUCUUGCACGUAGCUGAUCAGGGCAGCCUUCAUAUCUUGGCUCUGCAGCCAUACCUUCCAAACCACGAUGAGAACGGGGAAUUCCGCAUCCCAUUCCCACCUUCAAACGAGAUCUACGUGUUCAAUCGCUACGGUCAACACAUUUCUACGAAGGACUUGACAUCUGGAAAGACCCGCUACUCCUUCCUGUAUAGCAAAAACACGAGUUUCGGCAAAUUGUCCACAGUGACGGACAGCGCGGGCAAUAAGAUUCAAUUCCUGCGAGAUUACAGCAGCGUCGUUAGCUCUAUUGAGAACACUCAGGAUCAUAAAUCCGAAUUGAAAAUCUCCGCGGUUGGAUUCCUGGAGAAAUUGUCCGAACGUGGCAGGGCGGAGAUUGCUCUUGGUUAUGACGGUUCAACCGGCUUGCUCACCAGUCGAUCAGGAGGAGAUGAAACAUACAUAUACAAUUACGACAGUCUAGGACGUGUCACCGAUGUAAUACUGCCGACAGGCGAGAAAUUGAAAUUAUUAUCGGACUUAUCUAACGACGAAGGUCUAUUGGUUAAAGUGUCUGCUCCCUUGCAAGCUUUAUCUAAAGGCGAUAAACAGCGAAUCGUAGAAUUUGAAAUGAAAAAUGAGAAAUCGAAAAUGUUGACAGUCACUGACGGCACUAAACUCAUGAAAGCGAUUGCAUUUACAAAUAGCAGCUUGGAAGUGCUUCUGCCUGGUGGUGGUAGAGUACUUAGCGCGGCGACAACAAAACAUCCACUAUUGAAGCCGGCUUUGCCGGUAGAAGCAGAGAUGCUACCUAUGUGGAGCUAUCAAUUGAUGUCAUUGGGCGAAUUAACAAACACCAUGACGACGACGUACAACUUGGUCGGAGAAGUUAGCCACCCUCAGCAAACGCUUAACAGAGAGAUCUGGGUGAACGACACGCGAGUGAUAAGCGUCGAAUUCGAACAAGCAUUCAGCCGUGAGACGUUUUAUGACAAGGCGGGAACUCCUCUAUUGACGGUGACCUUCGAUCUGGCCGGUUUACCCUUGAUCUGGCAACCGUAUGAGCAGGGUCAUAAUCUCAGCAUUACUUACGAUCGAUUUAACAGGAUCGACAGUUGGAAAUGGGGUGCUUCCGAUGAAUCAUAUGCCUACGAUCGACACGGUCAACUGGCGGAAAUUACCAAUAGCAAGGACGGCACAAAACGAUAUACCUACAAUGACUUCAAUAUGCUGUCAAAGAUCACGCUUGCCAGCAACAGACAGUUCUCGUUGCAAUAUGAUGAUGACGGUGGAUUACGACAUAUCAUUUUACCGUCUGAAACCAAACAUUCCUUCUCCUGUCAGGCUUCUCUCGGCUUUCUCAGGGUGACAUACACUCCACCUGGCAGCACUAGAGCCUAUCUGCAGCACUACAGUCACGAGGGGAACCUGCUGCAAACUGUAUUUCCGGGAGACGGAGCUCGCAUCGUCUACAGAUAUCAUACCUCGGGACAAUUGGCGGAGGUCGUUCAUGGUGACGGCAAAAGCGAGAUCAGAUACACGGAGAGUGGACUACCUUCCGAAGUUAUACACUCCGAGAGGGACGUGGAAUACAAAUGGGAUUAUCAAUAUAGUGCAGGACUUCUGGUAGAGGAGCGAAUAGACUUCGGCGCCAAGACUGGUCUGAGCAACGCCAAAUUUACGUUCGAAUACGAUUCGAAUUUCCGCCUGAUUGCGGUACAGGGUAGAAUAGGCGGUCAGACGCUGCCACCACACACCAUGGCUUACAGUCCGAGAUCGGGUACGCUGGAGCAAAUCGGUCAGUUUAAAGUGACAAGGCCGCAGUCGAACGAGACGACUGUGUUUGACGGUACUGCAUUAUUCUCGCGCACCACAGACGAUCGAUUCCUAGAAACUCAAGUCACAGUGACAAUUCAUCGAAUGGAAGUGUUCAGGAUGGAGUUUACGCACGAUUCACGCGGUCGCAUCAAUCAGACAAGAACGUAUACGCGUAAUGUCGCCGUUAAUACGUACACCAAUGUAAAGAAUUACACAUGGGACUGCGAUGGUCAGUUAACCGGUGUAGAAGCGCAGGAACCAUGGGGUUUCAAAUAUGAUGCCAACGGUAAUAUGUUGUCGCUCACAUAUCGAGGUAAUACGAUUCCAAUGGAGUAUAAUGCCAUGGACCGAAUAGUCAAGUUUGGCGAAGGUCUCUACAAGUAUGACAACCGAGGUCUGGUGGUGCAGAAUGCGAGAGAGGAGAGAUUCAAUUACAAUGCCAAGGGUCUCCUUGUGCGUGCCACCAAACGCGGCCGUUUCGAUGUGCGAUACUAUUACGAUCACCUGGAUCGCCUAGCCACAAGGAAAGAUAAUUACGGCAAUGUCACGCAGUUCUUCUAUAAUAACCAGAAACGACCGCACGAAGUGAGCCAGAUAUACAGCCCGCGCGAUGGUAAACUAAUGUCGCUGGUCUACGAUGACAGAGGACAUCUUAUUUAUGCACAAGUAUACCGGCACAAAUAUUACAUUGCCACUGAUCAAUGUGGAACACCCAUUAUGAUCUUCAAUCAGUAUGGCGAAGGCAUCAGAGAAAUUAUGCGAUCGCCUUACGGCCAUAUCGUUUACGAUUCGAAUCCAUAUCUUUACUUGCCGGUGGACUUUUGCGGAGGACUUCUGGAUCAGGUCACCUCCCUCGUUCACAUGCCAAAUGGUAAGGUUUAUGACCCGCUAAUAGGCCAGUGGAUGUCACCGCUCUGGGAAAACGUUUUGGAUCGCGUAGACAAACCAACGCAUCUACAUCUUUAUAGAUUUAAUGGUAACGAUCCAAUUGACGUCAGACACACGGACAGACCAAGUCAACCAACUGAUCACAUAUCAUGGCUAUCGCAUCUUGGAUAUGACCUAAAGAGUUUAGCGCCACAGCUAUUCCCGGAUGAGUUACCGGAAAGCCUCGUUCCGCGAGCACUCGGUCCGGGAACUUCUAUAUUCGGUAAAAAGAAAAGAACGCGCAAUCUAGGCGUCCAAUCCGGUUUCCUUGCGCACAUCGCCCAACGGCAUUCAGGCGACGCGGUGAGCCUGUCUGCGCCACCACGAUCUGCUUUGAAGAAAGACACGAGUGAGCUGAUACCCAGUCGUCUAGGUGCGGCGUCCGAUCCGCCGUUCGGUAAAGGUAUCCUGGUGUCGAGAACCGCUGAUGGCCAGGCGGUAGUGUCCAGCGUACCCAGCGCUAACGCUAUUUAUGGCGACGUGUUCACAUCCGUAUUCAACCGUUCGUACUUCUUGCCAUUUACAUUUGUCGUGCACAGCGCACAGCAGGACGCCUUCUACUUUGUCAAAGAGGAAACCUGGCGUGCCAGCGAGGAUCGUGGUCAGCUGAAACGAUUAGGAGGUCAAGUAAACACUACAUUCCACGAGAACGAGAAUGGUAGUGGCAGUAGUUCGUUAAUCGAUGUGAAAAUACACGGUGCCAGCUAUGUGGUGAACUUGCGAUACGGCACCACGGCGGAGAAGGAAAAGCAGAGACUACUGCAUCACGCUAAAGCGACCGCUAUUAGGAAAGCAUGGCAUCGGGAACGUGAAGCCCUUAAAACGAACACUCCAACAUCUAUCGAGUGGAUGGUCGCCGAGCAGGAUGAGAUACUGAAAGUCGGCCUCGCAUCUAAUUACGAAGGCGAGUACAUACAUGACGCGCAACAGUAUCCCGAGCUCGCGGAGGAUCCUUACAACAUUAGGUUCGUGAAAAAGGCCGUCGACCAAUCGAGCAAAAAACGACGCAGGAGGAGAGGCGCGCCGUCCUGUAAGCUCUGGUGGUUAGAUAAAAUGUGCUAGAGCAAUUUGAGAGUCAGUCGUAUCGUCCCCUCACACGGGGACAUUGUCCAGUAUCGAAGCCGCGGGACUUUCGAGUGAGCGACACCGACAGGUAAAGAGAUAGAAAGAAAUACCGGAAACGUGAAAGUCGACGGAAGGAGGUAAAAAAAUGUCGCUGUAGCGCAGCGUCCGUAUAUGUAUGCACGCGCAUAUAUAUAUAAACGUACUGAAAACUAUCAAAAAGUUUUAUACCAAAGUCUAUUUGUGUAUUUCAAAGAUGCCAAAAACAUUAUAACGUUAUAUUAUAUAUAAUAAAUAUAUAUACCACGAGGUAUAGGGUACGUAGGGUGUAAGAGCGUUAAGCGCACGCGGAGAAACGUGGGUUUCACCGAGUAUUCGCUCCACGGACCAGCUGCGCGACCGAUCCGCGAUUGGCAAAUCCGCGAAAGCCUUAUAAGCGUCGGGAGAGGAGAGAAUAAAAAAAAAGAAAGUGUGCCGGAUUUCGGACCACGCGAGCUUGGAAAGGAAAGAGAAGGAACAUUGCGAAAUUUUCCUCUGGGAGUUCGACGCGACGUGAACGCAGCUAAUAAUCAGGUUUGAAUUAAAUUCCAGGAUGUGAAGUUUACUGAUUACGUACGAGGCAAGGCCGGCAAGCUCGUGGAGCUUGCGCUCGAGGCCUAAAGUAAAUGAUAGACCGUGGUGCCGCGCGUGCGAAUCGUGCACGGUACACCGUAUCGAUACAAGGUAAUUAUAGUUAUAACGCGAAAAAUGAGGAGAAAGAAGAGAGAAGAGGCCAUUCAUAGUUGAGAGUGACGAAAA